GACAUUUUUUUUAUUUAUGUUCCAAAUGAAAAGUAAAUCGGUUAGAAAGCGUCAACGCAGUAGACGACGCGCUAGAAAUGCAAAAAUUCAAAAUCAAUCAGAAAAAAAUGCGAACGUAGAAUCUUCUAAAGGAACAGCUUCAAACGGAAAGCCACUUAUUGAUCCCGUUAGCAAGGCUGCUUCUUUAUGGCGUGGUAUAUAUGAAUCGCUUGUGAUCCGACAAUGUGAGCUCAAAAUCGACUACUGGAAGCAACGAGCAAUGAAAUUGGAGGAGGAAAACAAAGAAUUGCGCAAACAACUACAAACCAUCGUCCCAGUAUAUGAAACAUCGUCAGAGGAGGACGAUGAAGAGCAACGUUACUUAAAUGGUGAAGAUCAAUACGAUGAUGACGAAAUUUCACCAGAAUACAUGGAAUUUAGGUCUGUGACACUAAAACAUCGUGAAGAAUUACAAAAACGGCGAAAAAUAGAACUCUUAGAAAGUAAAAAUCAAUAUGAUACUCCCAUUAUAAGCCCAUCGUCAUCUUAAAAUCUCUCAGAACUUUGUAAACAACAAAUAAACGAUCUUUAUAUAUCACAGGCAAAAAAUUA